AUGGGGGUAAAAACUAACAUAAGAAAACACGUACGUAUUCUACUUGUUGGUGAUCAAGGAGUUGGAAAAACAUCCUUAAUAUUAUCACUUGUUAGUGAAGAGUUUCCUGAAAAUGUUCCAAAUAAAGCUGAAGAAAUUACUAUUCCUGCUGAUGUAACCCCUGAACAAGUACCAACAAAUAUAGUUGAUUACUCAUCUUCCGACCAAAAUGAAGCUGAAUUACAUGACCAAAUUAAAAGAGCAAGUGUAGUGUGUAUUAUUUAUGCAGUAGAUGAUGAAGACAGUAUUGAUAGGAUAUCAUCCUAUUGGAUACCUCUUAUUCGAGAAAAUCAUUUGGAAGAAACUUGUCCUGUAGUUCUAAGUUGGCUCUGGACUUUAAUUUGUUUGAUGAGACAUGAUGCUAGAGUCUCCUCAUCUGAAGUGGAAUAA